ACAGUCUGCUGAGCCAUGAGAAAAGUGGCCCUGGCACUGAAAGGCCUACUGCAGACCUACUUAGUCUUUCCUGGGCACAAACCUCUAAGGACCAUCAAAGAGGAAUUUCACAUGAUUUCAGGAUUUCCCAAUGUGAUUGGCUGCAUUGAUGGCACCCACAUCCCCAUCAUAGCUCCAUCCAUUAAUGAAGGAGACUAUGUGAAUAGGAAGUCAUUCCACAGCAUUAAUGUGCAGAUUAUAUGUGAUGCAGCACAUUUGAUCUCAAAUGUGGAGGCCAAAUGGCCUGGCUCGGUACAUGACUCAAGGAUAUAUCGCGAGUCUACCCUGAGCAACAGAGUUGCAAAUGGUAAGUUAAGCUUUGAACAAAUAACAUUCCCUUGUCUCCCUCUUCUACCACACUCACAAUAUACCCACUAUAUACUUACAGGAGAGUUUCAUGGCCACCUGCUUGGUGACAGAGGGUACCCAUGCCAGCCCACUCUGAUGACCCCUUACCAUGACCCUGAGCCGGGCCCUCAGCAGUGGUACAAUGUGGCCCACUGCAGGACUAGAGCCCGGGUGGAGAUGACCAUAGGCAUUCUCAAAGCCCGGUUCCAGUGCCUACGUAGACUGAGGGUAAAACCAGAGAGGGCAUGUGAUAUUAUUGUGGCAUGUGUUGUUCUUCAUAAUAUUGCCACUAUUAGAGGAGAGCAACACCCUGCCGUACAAAACGACCCUGAGGACGACCAUCCCCUCCAACCUGCAGAUGUCCAAAAUGGGAGAGAAGUCAGAGACAUACUGUGCCGCACACACUUCCACCAACCCUGACACUGAAAUAAACACAAAUCAUUACCAUUUCAUUUUGUCUUCUUUAUUGCCUACAAAUAGAAAUGCAACAAUUAAUAUUAAUAUAUUGUUCUGACAAUUAACACUCACUCACCUGUGACCAUGCACCCACCUGCAGCUGG